AUGACGGCCGCUCUGCCGCUCGAGAUCGUGGAUCUCAUCCUCCUUCUCUCGCUUGAGCAGGGUGGCGGCUCGAUCCGACGAGGACGUGAGGCUCUGCUUCCGCAAGGAGCCUCGACAUCCUCCUCGACUACGUCGCCAGCGUCAAGCUUGUCGCCGGCAGCCUUGAGAAGGCCCGAGCAGGUGCUUGACCCUUGGCAGGCUGCAGCCAUCAGCUGCCUUUCACGACAUCAUCGCCAGCGAUUUGAACAGCAGCUCUACCGACACGUAUAUCUACAUGACGUGCGUACGAUCGCGCUCUUGUGCCGCACGCUUUCCGCACGCCCGGAUCUAUGCCAUCAUGUUCGCUCGCUCGCCCUUUUCUGCGACCCGUCGGAUGGGAGUCAUCGACUCCCAUCGGGUGUGCCGACUGCGGACUUUGUCGAUGGUGUUCCCGAACCAUCAGCUGAUAUCACGUCGGCAGCUGACGUGAUCCUGUCGGCAUGUCCGAACAUCACCCACCUGCUCCUCUCCUGCGAUCAUUUCAGCAGCUUGUCCGCCGGCAUCUACCGCCUGCUACAGCCCAAGGAGAUCACCCUGGUAUCCGUUGCCAGCGUCGCGGUCCUCGACGGGAUCGUCAAGCGCCAUCGCGACCUCACCGCCGCCGCUCUCCAGGACGAUCCAAGGAUGCGUGCUAUCUUGGGCACCGCCUUGUCCGCCGCGCCCGACGAGCCGUCGCCAAUUGGUGUAACGUUGUCGGCGCACGAGUCAUCUCCGGUCCCCUCGACCGCGCCGCCCUCACCGCACGCAGAGCGUUCACUCUCACAUCUUCACCUCGUCAACUUCGAUGGCCGGCUUCUGCAUCACCUGGCUACGCUCUCGUCGCUGACGCAUCUCGUCCUCACCCAUCCAAUUCUCCCAGAGACACGACCGGGCAUGCCGGGCUUGUCAAUCAUCCCGCGCUCCCACCUCAUGCUCCUUCUCGGCUCGGGCAACGUCCAGCGCAUUGUCAUUCGCGCCGACCUGGCUACUUGCAUCCGUCUCGUCGAGGAGCUCGCUCCAAUAGAAGAUCAAAAGCUCGUCUUUCGUCCUCUCGCAAAGUCUGGCGACCUUCUCUUUCCCGAGCCAGAGCGGCGUCCGCGCUUCUCCGCCGCCCUUAUCGCACAAGCCUCCAGCCUUUACGAUGCGGUGGCGGCAAGCAAGCUGGACCUGCUGUCCGAGUUCUUCGGCAGAGUCCGUGUCCAUGCGCAUCGAUUCGAGUCGUCGCUGUCUUCGGACGAUCCCGACACCAGCCGUGGCUCCUCGACUGGGUUCCGGCACCCGCGCUCAUCCGAUAGCUCUGGCGGUGCUACUAGCCAGAGCGCUUCCACUGGGUGGGAUGACGAUGGCUCAGACGACGUCGAUGACGAAGCCUUGCAAGACUUCGGCCCCGAGGAUAGUCCCGAGCCUCCUGCGUCCGAGGAUCCCGGUCGUUCGGUCGCAGCAACGGCGCACGCCAGCACCAGCAUCAACGCGCCCCCGCUCAACAUCCCUAUCGAAGAGCUUUUGCGUGCCGAGCGCUUCACACCUGCUGGGCUCGCGCGUACUGCCGCCCCCGCCUCCCAAGCGAGCAGCGGCUCUCACGACCUCUCCUCGUCCGCCUCCUCGAGUCCACAUGGCCAACGUCGCCGGCUCCAUCGCUCGCCCUUUGCCCUCCGCAAGACCGACCUUCGCGGCGCGACCAACUCGAACCUCGACAUCCUUGCCAAUCUGUACGAAGCGCUCGCGUCGCACGCUGGUUUGGAACAGGAGAUGAACUUCUGGUGA